GCUCGACGCAGCCCAGUCGCCGCCGGGAUAAAAACGCGUGCAGGGAGCAGCUCCGCGACGCCGACGCCUUUGCGCCAGCCUUGCCGCGUUCACAGCCUCGCCUCGCCAGCGAGCGAGCGAGAAACCACGCCAGCGAGCGAGCGGGAGAGCUAAAGCUCGACCAGCCUAUAGCUCCCAGGGUAUUGAGACGCCGCGCCGGCGCGUCGACAAAAAUAACCAUGGCUCUCCGCGCCGCGAGAGCGCUGGCGCCGCGGGCCCAACAAGCCGCCGCCCGCCGGUCCAUGGCCACCGAGAAGGAGAUCGCGAUGCGCAUCGCCUCGACCAAAAACAUCCGGAAGAUCACGUCGUCGAUGAAGAUGGUCUCGGCGGCGAAGCUCAAGGGCGACCAGAACCGCCUGGCCGCCGCGAAGCAGUUCGCCGCCUGGACCGCGGUGCUCGACGAGCCGGCGACGCCGCUCGAGGAGCUCGAGGGCACGGCGGGCCUCGCAGACCACAGCGUCGUCGUGGCCAUCUCGUCGGACAAGGGUCUUUGUGGAGGCGUCCACUCCGCCGUCGCGCGCGGCCUGCGGACCAUCAACGCGCGGCUCAAGGAGGAGAACAAGACGAUGAACGUCAUCGCUGUCGGCGAGAAGGGCCGCUCGCAGCUGCGCCGCAUGGUGCCCGACUCGCUGACGACGGCCCUGACGAACAUCCCGCCGCCCUACAACUUCGGCUACGCGUCGACGGUCGCGCAGAUGGCUCUCGACACGGAGCCCGAAAAGACGGGCGCGAUCGCCGUCGUCUACAACAAGUUUGUUUCUGCCAUCGCCUACUCGCCGACCCUCAAGACGAUCGCGCCCUUCGUGUUGGAAGGAGACGAUGUUACCUUAACGGCCUACGACGCCGACGACGACGUGCUCCGCGGCCUCCGCGAGUACUACCUCGCCACGGAGAUCUUCUACGGCAUGAUGGAGGGCGCCACGUCGGAGCAGUCGAGCCGCAUGCAGGCCAUGGAGAACGCCACGAAGAACGCCGGCGAGCUCAUCGACAAGCUCACGCUCAUCUACAACCGCGCGCGCCAGGCGCGCAUCACGACGGAGCUCAUCGAGAUCAUCUCCGGCGCGUCGGCGCUCGAGUGAUUAGUACGCGGGCCUAACCUAGUUAUAUAUAUUC